ACGCAAGUAAAGUAGAAAUAGAAUUUGAAUAUCAAGAAUCUAAAAAUAAUCUGGAUGAUAAUAAGAUUGCAGAAAUUAUUACAGACUUGUUAUUGAGUAAUAAUCUUGAAGUUUCUGAAAUAGUCCAAGCUGAGAAAAAUAAACAACAACAGAAAAGUGAUAAUGAUAAAGAGUCUCCUUCCCCACCUGUAACAACUAAAGAGGUAUAUAAUGCAAUACAAACUGUUUUACACUAUGAAGAGCAGACAAAUUCAGAAUCUAGCCUUGAUCUCAAAGAAUUGAAAUUUUUGUAA